GCUAGGUUUUCCUUUUGCCCUUCCUUCCUUUGGCCCGAGCCAGCAAGAGCUGCUGCAUGUGCUGACGAGAGCGGCGUCUGGCACCGCGGCCGUUCCUUGGCAGCCGUUCUGCAACUGCCAGUCGCCAGUUAUGUUCGACUACGACGAGGCCACCGCCUUUCUGGGCGAGUGGGGCCCCUUUCAGCGCCUCAUCUUCUUCCUGCUCAGCGCCAGCAUCAUCCCCAACGGUUACACGGGGCUGUCCGCUGUCUUCUUGGCCGCCACCCCCGAGCACUGGUGCCGGGUGCCCGCUAACGCCAACUUGAGCGCGGCGUGGUUCAACGCCAGCAUCCCCCUGGAGAAGCGUGGCGGGCGGCAGGUACGGAGCCAGUGCAGCCGCUACCGCCUCGAGGCCCUGCUCAAUUUCUCGGCCGGCAACCUGGAGCCCGGGCGCGAUGUCAACCUCAGCCAGGUGGGGCAGGAGGAGUGCCUGGAUGGCUGGGAGUUCAGUCGAGAGUACUACGACAACACCAUUGUCAACGAGAACCAUUGUAUGGAGCACCUCUCCUUUAUCAGGAGGAAUUCUAAGGAACUGAUCCGUUCACUGACUUCUCAUUGUGCUGUAGAUGUUCAGCUCCAUUCUCAGCAGAAUUGUCUUCAAACAUUAUUUGGUCGGAAGCAUGUGCUGUUUGUAACGAUGGGGAUCCAGACUAUUUUUAGCUUUUUCCAGGUCUUCUCAACAAGCUGGGAGAUGUUUUCUAUUCUCUUUGUUUUUGUUGGAAUGGGUCAAAUAUCUAAUUAUGUGGCAGCCUUUGUUCUUGGUGCAGAAAUUCUUGGCAAAUCCAUCCGCAUUAUAUAUGGCACAUUAGGUGUCUGCAUAUUUUAUGCAUUUGGCUACAUGAUGCUGCCGCUGGGUGCUUACUUCAUUCGAGACUGGCGAUUGCUGUUAAUGGCUCUUACUAUUCCUGGGCUGUUAUAUUUUCCAUUGUGGUGGUACAUUCCAGAAUCUCCUCGCUGGCUACUGUCUCAAGGAAGGAUUAAAGAAGCAGAGGAUAUCAUUCGUAAAGCUGCAGAAAGGAACCAUGUUGAAGCCCCCGAAGUAAUAUUUGAUCUUGCUGAGCUGCAAGAUUUGAAUGCCCAAGUUCAGCAGUCCUGCAGCAUUUUGGACCUAGUGAGAACCCAAAAUAUACGAACAAUCACUAUCAUGUCUGUGAUUCUAUGGAUGGUGAUUUCCAUAGGCUACUUUGGAAUCUCUCUGGAUACCCCUAACUUGCAUGGAGACAUCUACCUCAAUUGUUUCCUUUCAGCAGUAAUUGAAGUUCCAGCUUAUACUAUCUCUUGGCUGCUCCUUCAGCAUCUGCCCCGGCGUUAUUCAAUGGCAGGAGUCUUGUUCUUAGGAGGCUGUGUUCUUCUUUUCAUUCAGUUCGUGCCUGCACAUCUCAGUGUUCUGGCCAUCAUCCUCAUGAUGAUUGGAAAAUUUGGGAUCACAGCCUCCUUCUCAAUGGUUUAUGUGUACACUGCUGAGCUGUACCCAACUAUUGUGAGAAACAUGGGAAUUGGAGCCAGUUCAAUGGCCUCCAGAAUUGGCAGCAUCCUCUCACCUUAUUUUGUGUAUCUUGGUGCCUAUGAUAGAUUUCUUCCCUACAUCUUAAUGGGAAGUUUAACAGUGCUUGCAGGAAUCCUGACCCUGUUUCUCCCGGAAACUUAUGGAACUCCUCUCCCAGACACUAUUGAACAGAUGCUAAAAGUUAAAGGAAUUAAAAAUAUAAAAUCACAGAAACAUCAAGAUAGAACAGAGCAUACAGAAGAGAAUUCAGCUAUUCUAAAGACCACAACAUUCUGAUGAAACUGCAUUGUUCACAGUAUUAUACCUUGGACAUUUCCUUUAAUUUUCUUCCAGAAAAGACUAACCUACAUACUUUUUUCCUAAGAUGGGAAAUAUAUUUAUUAAAAAUACAAUCUAUCCCAGUAUGGGAUAUUUUUUUUGUCAGAAAUUGCUUCAUGGAACAGUGUUGGAUGUAGAAUUUUGUUCACUUUUAGGACACAUCAACAACUAUCCUUUUUGUGAGACUGCAUUUUUAAAAGAUUCUUCAAGGUACAAGUUAAGUGUCUUAACAUCACUUUUUCCAUACAUACUGUCAAAAAAUUAAAUAGGUAAUAGAGUUUGGAUGUUGUCACUCCACCUUGAGAAUCUACACCUUUUCUUGAGAGAAAAAAUAAGCUUGAAAUGAUAUAGAGGAAACUGGUAGAGUAGACCUUAAAAUAAUUAUGCAAAUGACUGAAUGCAGUAAAAGGAGAAGAAAUUGAAGCUGAUUCUUUUUUAUGAGCACAUUUAAUAGAAAUAGA